AACUUUCUGUGCCAGGUUAAAUAGCCAUAGACUUAAAAUAAAAACUUUAUGCAGCCAGUUCUUGAGGGACUGUUAGUGAUAAGUGCAGUGACAGUAUUUGUAAUUCUACGAGUGCUCAAUAAAUUAUGCUCCGUGCCGCAAGCAGUUAACUGAAAGUUUUCAUUAAGAACAUAAUAAUCAUGGUUUCGAAAGAAACAAUUAAAAAUAAGAUGGGCGAGCAAGCCGAGGGCCAGUUCAACCUGGAGGGGAUUCUCAGCGAGCUGGGUAGCUUCGGCAAGUACCAGCUGCUGCUGCUACUACUGUUGGCCUUCCGGGAUUCCUUUCUCGCCAUGUGUAACUACAACUUCGUCUUCACCGCCGCUGAAGUCGACUUCAGAUGCCACGUCCCCGAGUGUGAGUCGUCCACAGACGUCAGUUUCAACGCGUCGUUCGUGUCGUUUGCUCUGACGAACCACAGCGGCACAUGCGCCAGAGUGGCGCCUGUCAACGACAGUUGGUUGAACUCGAGCGGGACGUGCUCUCCCGAGAGAUUCCUCGGAGGAGAGACGGUGCCAUGCCACCAUGUCGUCUACGCGAACAACGACAGUAUCGUCGCUGAGUUCGACCUGGGCUGUCAGCCGUGGAAACGAACCCUGGUCGGCACCGUGCACAACCUGGGCCUAGUGUUCUCCUUCCUGCUCUCCGGCUUCAUAUCAGACAGAUAUGGCCGCAAAGUGGUGAUAGUGGCCACGCCACUGGUGGUAGGCACCGUGGGGCUGAUUAAGUCCUUCUCCGUCAACUACUGGAUGCUGCUACUCCUGGAAUUCCUGGAGACCGCUCUGGGAUACGGGAACGCUUCCAUGGUGCUAUCUCUCGAGAUGGUGACCCAGAAAAGGCGAGUUAUAUUCUCGUGCGUGUCAGACAUCUUAUCGACCUGCGGCUUCGCGUUUUUCGGCCUGAUAGCUUGGAAGAUCCCCUACUGGAGGCACAUGAUGAGAGCGAUCUACGCACCCCUCCUCGUCGUGGUCUUCUACAUCUUCUUGGUGGACGAAGGAGUGCGCUGGCUGUUAGCACAUAACAAGAAGGACGAAGCAGUCAGAGUCCUAAACAAGGUCGCAAAGUUUAACAAUAUCACGCUCUCGACGAAAGCAAAGGACAUGCUCACGAACAUCACGCAAGAGGCCAGGAAAGCUGAACAACUCGGUAAGGGAUCGCAGUCAUCACACGUCAGCCUAAUAGUUGUACUGAGAUCAAGGAAGAUCCUUCUGCGGGUGUUCCUGAUUGCCGCUAUUUUCUUCUGCUGCAUCUUCGUGCUCAACGGCUCCAUCAUCAACUCCACUGGCAUCAUCGGAAACAAGUACAUCAACUUUUCGGCGCUGCUCCUCGUGUCCAUCCCCACCAGGGUCAUCACUGCCAUCACCCUCACCAAGUUUGGCAGAAAAACUCCUAUAUGUAUCGCUUACAUUCUGUGCUGUGUGUUCUUCAUUGCAUCCGCUUUUGUGGCAAAGUCGAUCUGGUGGGCGUCUGUGCUUUUCUACAUUUUUGGCAAGAUGUGCAGCAGCUACGGCAUGUUCUCCAUGAUGGUGGUAGCCAUGGAAGUGUUCCCCACAACAUCGAGGAAUUCCCUGACAAACGCGGCCAAUACUAUCGGCAGGCUCGGAGCGGUGUUGGCUCCGCAGGCUCCAUUAUUGGAAAAAUACAUGUCUGGGUUGCCGAGCAUAGUGUUCGGGCUGGUGGCGCUCGGACCCGUGCUGCUCGCGCUGCUGCUGCCCGACACCAGCCGCGCCGCGCUGCCCGACCACAUCCACGACGCCGAGCGCAUCGGCGACCACAACGAUGACCGCAACGACGACUGCAGCGGCGACCACAACCACAACCAUGACGUUGAGUGCAGCGGAGACGCAACAACAGAACAAUCAUCAAAAACAAAACAAGACUUGGACGUUGAAAAUCGAGCUAGUUAGGCAGAUAAGCUAGUAAUUUAAUAGGAAUCUCAUUCUAGAACAUGAAUUAGUCAAUUUCUUUCUUCUCCACACAAUGAUGACUGUUACGGUGAUCACAUGCAAAGACCACCUUGCAGAAACAGCCAGACUUGACUGCUGAACACCAAGCUAGCUAAUAAGCAAGUAUUUUAAUAGAAAUCUCAUUGUUGAAUACCAUUGUGUACAUUUACGGCUUUAAUGAAACUCCGGUAAAAGAUAAGCAAUCCGGUAAAAUAUUUGAGCUCUGUUGCUUAAAUAUUUAUGUGUAUAUUAAUUAGAAUAAAAUAGCCUGUUUUCAGAAACAGAAACAGAUUAUCCUUACUUUUUACUGGAGGCUGAUAACUGAAACUGGCCGUUAAAUAAUUUGUUACUUCUCCACGAGGUAGGUGAAUUGUCAUCGUAAUGCUGACUUGUGCCACAUGAACUUCUCCGCAUGACUGUGCAUUCGUUUCGAGGAUACAUCCUAGAUGAUCUAUAGGUGUGUAUGAAUAUUAAAACUGACGGUUAGUUUACAAAGCUAGCGGAAUUUAUGUUAACGCUUUUUUAUGUUGUGCCUAUCAAGGGAAGGGACGACUUAACAUCGAUGUCUGACGUACAGAAAACCGUAAACAUUAUUAUGCUGUGUUCUGUUUUUGCAGGGGAUAAAUGGCCAGAGUCCCUUGGGGUAAACAAUGUGCCAAUAACAAAUACCUACAUAAAUUCCUAUAUGAGGCGCAGCUUUUCAACAUUCAUAACUGUAAAAUCUGUACUGGUUAACUGCAUUUUUGAUUUUUAAUUUAAUUGGCGUCCUUGGCUAUGUUGCUCAUUUACAAUAGGCAAGCCAUAGGCUUAGAUUAAAACAAGAAGGGUAGAUACGGUACGCUCAUACUUGCAUCAAACAAAAACUGAUCCCACUUUACUACAUAUGUAACACUCACACAUCCACCUGUUUGUAAAGAUACAAUCGAACGAACGAAACAGCAAUUUAAGUUUCAACGGCAGCGCGAACGG